AUGUGGCCACCACGUUGUCUCUCCUCUCGAUUCCUGCUCAUCCCACGUCGAUUGUUCACGUCUGCUACGACGGACAAUCUCUCGGCCACGUCUCUGCAGGACAUUGCGCGGUUCGGUGCGCGCGUCGUGUCGUUAGAUCUUCGCACGUCCAACGAUUUGAUCUGUCGUCAGCUGAUGUGUGAACACGUGGGCGACGCCUGUGCCUGCCGCUUAGCACUCGCUCUAGAGCGCGUCCCGAGACUGCGACGCCUCGAUCUGUCGAAUAACCGGCUGCGCGCGUUACCUGAUGCCGUGUACGCACUGCAGCAUCUUGAGUGGCUGGACGUGCGACAGAACUGCCUGACGACGCUGUCGACGGACCUGGCCAAGCUCACGCAGCUUCAGACGCUGGACGUGCGCUCGAACAACCUGAAGACGUUGCCAAUUGAACAGCUCGAGACGCUCGAGAAGCUUGAGACAAUAUGUGUGACGGGGAACGUCGACUUGAUCCGGACGUUCGAGUCACUGGAAAUGUCGAAACGACUGAGAGCUACGUUUGUGCUGGCGUAG